UAGAUCAUCAGUGACUUUUUGUCACUCCAACUAUUUUCUCUCUCUUCUUCUCCUCCUCCUCUGUUUUUCUUCUUCCUGCCCUGUUUUCCUCUCUCAUUAAUUUCUCUCUCUCUAGAAUUUUCUCUGUCCUCCAGCUGUGGUAUUUCUGUCCCUGCCAAUACCCCCACUAGUCCCCUCUUAACAGGCUCAACAACAAAGUCUUUUCACUUUUCCAACCUCUCAAACACACCACUUUGAAACACACACACACCCAAGUGCUUCGUUUUCACAUUCAUUCUAGGAACUUUUUGGAUUUAUUAAGGGUGUUUCUCUCAGGGUCGCAUUUGGAGUUAGAGAACAACAACAAAAAUAAAUAAUUAAGAUAAUAAUUAUUGCAUAUUUAAUUUCUGUCUGUUUUCUUGAGAUUUACGUUGAGCAAUGACGAGAAGUUGACUGCUUCGUCCCCCCUCAAUUUCUCGAGAUGGAAUCAGUGAAGCCGUCGGCCGUGACCCCGCGAAAGAAGUUGGCGCGCAGUUUUGCGAAGGUUCUUCAUGUCAAAGCACUGAUUGGAAUUGCUUCAGUUGAUGGUCUGAAGAAUGUUAUAUCUGAUGCAAAUCUCAAGGACGAAGGAAAAAUCGCUAAGAGCAAGACUACACUGAAUUGGUCCGAGUCUUUUAAUGAAGAUGAUGAUGAAGAGCUUCAAGAGAGAGUGGCCAAUGAAGCUCUUUUGGCAAAGCUUUUUGCUAGCAUUUCAACUGUUAAAGCUGCAUAUGCUGAGUUGCAGCAUGCUCAGUCACCUUUUGACCCUGAUGGAAUUGAAGCUGCUGAUCAAUUGCUAGUGUCUGAGUUGAAGAACUUGUCUGAGCUAAAGCAAUGUUACUUGAAGAAACAGUUUGAUCCUUUGCCCGAGAAGGAGAUUCUUGCAGCCGAAUCCAAGGAGCUGCAGGGUGUGAUCAAAACCUAUGAGAUCAUGGGGAGGAAGUUGGAGUCACAGGUGAGGCUCAAGGAUUCUGAGAUUAUUUUCCUUAGGGAGAAGUUAGAGGAAGCUAAUAUGCACAACAAGGCAAUUGAGAAGAGAUUGAAUCAAAGUGGCCAGCUAUCAGUGCUUGAUAAUCUUCACAUAACUGGAUUAAGUCCUAGCCAUUUCAUCAUGGUCCUUCGCCAUGCAGUCCGGUCCAUUCGCAACUUUGUGAGGCUGGUUGUGGAUGAGAUGAGAUCUGCAGGUUGGGACAUUGAUGCUGCAGUCGACGCCAUCGAACAGAAUGUGGUUUAUAUGGCAGAAGAUCACAAGUGUUUCGCAAUGGAGGCCUUUGUUUGCAGGGAAAUGUUUGAUGCAUUCCACAUCCCUAACUUCUCCCUUUCAAGUGAGUCUCCUCUAGAAAAAAACAGGAGACAACAGUGGUUCUUUGGGAAGUUCAAUGAGCUGAAAUCAAUGAAGGCAAAGGACUACCUAGCCGAGAGGCCACGAUCAUCGUUCGCCAAGUAUUGCCGGGUCAAGUAUUUGGGACUUGUUCAUCCCAAGAUGGAGUCAUCGUUUUUUGGUAACCUGAGUCAGAGGAACCUUGUGAAUACUGGUGGAGGGUUUCCAGACACUGCAUUCUUCACCUCAUUCGCCGAAAUGGCGAAGAGGGUGUGGCUUCUGCACUGCUUGGCCUUCUCCUAUGAGCCUGAGGCUUCAAUCUUCCAAGUGGAGAAAGGGUGCAGAUUCUCUGAUGUGUACAUGGAAAGUGUGAAUGAUGAAAUCUUCCUCUAUUCGGAAGUGGAAUCAGAUCCACAAGUUGCUUUCACAGUAGUUCCAGGGUUUAGGAUGGGUAAAACUGUUUUACAAUGCCAAGUGUACCUCACAUCACAGCACAAACAACAAAGCAAGGAUAAAUUUUUUUUCACUUCAACAAAGCAAAGGUGACUCAUGACUGAGACCCCACACAACUCAGGUGAUUGAACUGGAAGGCAAUUCUUUAUUUUUCUUAGUGAAAAAAAAAACUUUUUGGAGGGAAAUGAAGGCCUUGUGGUUGUGGGGACUGAACUCUGGCUUGGAUCACUCACCGGGGCAUCUUUGUCCAUUUGUAUUUUGGCCAUUUUGAAAAGAAAAAGCCAUUGGACCGCGUUGCAUUGGAAACAAGCCUUUUUUUUUAGAAUCUUUUUUUUUUUUUAAUUUAUGCCAGAUUUAUCAAAGAGACAUCCCCCCAAAAUUUUAUUAUUAGGUCAGUGACAGGGAUUGUCUAGCUGUUAUGCAUCUUUUACUAGACAUUGCAUUUUAUGAUAUGUACAUAAUGAUAUAUAGGUGGGCAUUUUAUAAUCCUCUUUUUCCUUUUUUUAUUUAUUAAUCUUUGUUUUGCUCAA